AUGAACUCUUCGACACUACAUGUGGCCAAGACUCGCCUGCGUUCGCUCAUGAAACAGAGACUUUCCACCCUCUCGCCAGAUGUCAUAACAGCCCAGAGUAAUGCUGCCUUCGAUGCCCUGUCGAGGUUCAAGCCAUAUCAGGAUGCCAAAUCGCUAGGCGUCUAUCUCUCCAUGCCCGGUUGUGAGCUUCAAACCGACUCUAUCGUCAGACAUGCCCUGGCCUCCGGAAAGCGGGUUUUCGUACCUUACCUUCACAAGUCUGGUCUACCUCCGGGAGAAGGGCCUAUGCGACUGAUGGAUAUGGUAAGUCUGAGGGACGUUGAAGACUACGAGUCCCUGCAGAGGGAUAAGUGGGGCAUUCCGAGCGUUGACGGUGCCACCGUUCACGAACGACAGCGCAGCAUAGGUGAGCUGGGCGGGGAGAGUGCCACGGAUGCAUCGCUCGAUCUAAUCCUCAUGCCCGGCGUCGCGUUUGACUUUGACCCCGAGACCGGCGCCAUGCGAAGGCUCGGUCAUGGCAAAGGUUUCUACGACUAUUUCCUACACCGCUAUGCGCUGGCUGUCCGGACCGAGAAAACUUCAGCGCCAUCUCGUGAUGGUUCAUCUGUAUUGCUAUAUGCUCUCGCCCUCAAAGAACAGCUUCUCUCUCCAACCUCCGGGGAGGCUGUCCCCGUUGGACCCCAUGAUCAGCCCUUAGAUGGCAUCGUCCUGGGCGAUGGCCAAAUUAAACAGUCUAUUAGCAACAGCAUAGACUAG